AUGAGCAGGUACAUUAGUGGGGUUGAACCAAGAAUUUGCAGAGUCAACCCGAAGGCCGUUUACAUCCAUUGCCGUGCCCAUGUGUUAAAUCUCUGUAUUGUGCAUGACUCUAAACUCCCAAUUGUUCGAAACAUAAUGGACACGAUGCAGGCGGUAUCUUUGGCGUUCAAUUUCUCAGCCAAGUGCCUUCUUGUGUUUGAAGAACAACUGGGAAACAGUGCAGCUGUAGGGGAAAAGAUGGGCAAAAGAUCAAAGCUAAAGAUUCUUUUUGAAACGCGUUGGGCAUCUCAUGCUGACUGUUUAGAUGUGUUCGUCACCUCAUUCGAAAUAGGUCUUGAAGUUUUGAUGUCUAUUGCGAGGUUCUUUAUUGAAAUAAUAAAAGAGCUAUUGAAUAAGUAAUUAUGGUCAUUGACUAGUACGUGAUGGAAGCUCAACCUGAGUUCAUUUCAGAUAAUCUAAUUUCUCUCAGGUUAUUGUGGAUACCCUUCAGCAGUUGAGUGAAGGUGGCGACAGCAAGGCCAGGGGAUUAUACACAUCCAUUCUUAAAUGGGACUUUAUAAUAACAUCUGUUGUUCUCCAAUACAUGUUUUGCAAUACUCACCGACUAUCAGUGCAUUUCCAGGUCAGUUUUACGCCCACUUAAUUUUCCUAUACUGCUACUUGCUUCUCUGUGGUGUUAAGUUCGCUGUUUCAAAACUACGUUAGGUCAUUAUGUAGUGUAUUUUAUGGCUCUAAGUAACUGUAUAUAAAUACUCCUUGAGUGUCAAUACUGUUGCUGUUUCUACUGCCUUUCUAAGAUGCUGACUUUUCCCUGCAAGAGCCCCGAUCUGGAUUUACUGCAAGCGUCUGAAGAAGCCAGAGUCUGUGUUUCAGUCUUGAGAGUGGAGAGAGGUGAUGACGGUGUAUGGGAUGCCUUGAUGGAAAAGGCGACAUCAGAUGCAGAAGUGUACGAAAUCCAACCAUGUAUACCCAGGACAACUCGAAGGCAAGAGCAUCGUCGAGGCUAACACAGUGUCUUCAUACUUGAAGAGGAGCCUGUAUCUUCUCUUUUUAGAUCCCCUCAUCAAAGAGCUUGAUGAGCAAUUAGUCAAACCUCUCCCUGGCUUCCAAGCGCAGCUACUCAUUCCUGGUAAGUUGUAUAUAUAUAUAUAAGUAAUAAGAAGGCUGCAGGAAAAGGUGACAGUCAGAGAACAGAACAGAGAAACGAAGCCAUGGGCCUAAAAGCUACAUAUGUUGUUUACCCUACUGACGGCAGAGAGAUCACUGCUCCUAUGCUAUAAGCAUAAAACAACAUUAAUUCUUUAAUUCUAUUUUCCAGCGAAGCUCAUUGAGCUAACAGAAAGAGCCAUGGAUGAUAUCUACAGCUACUUCGGCAGUGGCAUGGACAUCUGUCAGGGCGAAUUUUAA